AUGAUUCACAACAGUAGCUCGUUUGGAGCGCCCCCUAUCACUAGCGAACUCUUUGAGAAUGCCAACGAAGAGCCCAUGAUAGAUCCAGCAGUACUAGGGGACACAUGGAGUCAAAUGAAGGCUUGGGCCACUUUAUGUGGCAUCAAAGAUGAUCCCAUAGCACCUGGUAUAGCUGAGUUGCUGGAAAUCGAGGAGCAAGAAAGUGGAGAUGGCGGCUUCUGUUGCUACGGGACUAUCAGCCAUGCCGAAGUGAAGCUGGUUGGUAACCUGGCCGAGUCCAGAGACAGGCUUCUGAAUAACGAGCAUGUUCAGUCAUUUGCUGUCAUCAAACACGACGACUACUUGAUGGUCAUAUUUUCAGAUAAUCACAUAUUCGCCCAGGUGAAUGAGGCUGUAUCACAAGCUCUCACUUCGCUGUUCAACAAGUUCAAGUUUUUCGAAGUGAAGGCGUUUGCCCAAAUAGGGAAAAUACAGAGCCUCUUUUACCAGUCACACACUCCUGGCCAGGCAAAGCUACGAGUGGACAUCAACAUAUACGGAUCUGCUGCCGAUGCCGAUGCCGUAGGGCUUUAUCUCGGCAGCACUGCCAAGCUGUACCUUCAAGACCCCGAAUAUGGCACCGAAAACAUCGAGUAUCUGAACAGGCAGUUGAUUCACUUCCCCGGUUUUGAAGAACCUAAAGUCUUUGCCGGGCCCGGGGCGGAUUUUGCUAACAAGACCAGCAAAGCCUUGCAGGGUGUGCGUUCCCAACGCGAACACUUUGACCAAACGCUCUCGCAAAUCUUGCUGACCAGUCGCAGUCAUCAUGUACUUGUGGUUGGAAGAAAUCAAAAAUUACCUCAACAGCAAUCUCGUCUUCACUACAUACAAUACGGUGGCGGUUAG